AUGGGGCUGCCACUAGCUCGCCUGGUGGCUGUGUGCCUAGUCCUGGCCUUAGCCGAGGGCUCGGAGCUCCAGAAAGAAGCCAGAUCCCGAAACCAUGUCUGCAGCACCUGGGGUGACUUCCACUACAAAACCUUUGACGGCGACGUCUUCCGAUUCCCCGGCCUCUGUGACUAUAACUUUGCUUCUGACUGCCGAGACUCCUACAAGGAAUUUGCUGUGCACCUCAAGCGGGGCCCGGGCGAGGCUGGGGGUCACUCCCAGAUAGAGUCCAUCCUGAUCACCAUCAAGGAUGACACCAUCUACCUCACCCACAAGCUGGCAGUGGUGAAUGGGGCCAUGGUCAGCACCCCACACUACAGCUCCGGGCUGCUCAUCGAGAAGAACGAUGCGUACACCAAGGUCUACUCCCGGGCUGGCCUCUCUCUCAUGUGGAACCGGGAAGAUGCACUCAUGCUCGAGCUGGACAGCAGGUUCCAGAACCACACUUGUGGCCUCUGUGGGGACUUCAAUGGCAUGCAGAUCUAUAACGAGUUCCUCUCUGAUGGCAUACACCUCAGACCCAUUGAUUUUGGGAACAUGCAGAAGAUUAAUAAACCGGAGGUUCAAUGUGAGGACCCUGAGGAAGUGCAACAGCCAGCAUCCUGCUCUGAGCAUCGAGCAGAAUGUGAGAGGCUGCUGACCUCCGCAGCCUUUGAGGACUGCCAGGCCCGGGUGCCUGUGGAGCUGUAUGUGCGUGCCUGCAUGCAAGACCGCUGCCAGUGUCCGCAAGGCAGCGCUUGCGAGUGCAGCACCCUCGCUGAGUUCUCCCGCCAGUGCUCCCACGCGGGUGGCCGACCCGAGAACUGGAGGACUGCCUCACUGUGCCCCAAGAAAUGCCCUGGUAACAUGGUGUACCUGGAGAGCAGCUCGCCCUGCGUCGACACCUGCUCACAUCUGGAGGUCAGUAGUUUGUGUGAAGAACACUACAUGGAUGGCUGUUUCUGCCCAGAAGGCACGGUGUAUGAUGACAUCACGGGCAGUGGCUGCAUCCCUGUGAGCCAGUGUCAUUGCAAACUGCAUGGACACCUCUAUAUGCCAGGCCAGGAGAUUACCAAUGAGUGUGAGCAGUGUGUCUGCAAUGCCGGUCGCUGGGUGUGUAAAGACCUGCCUUGCCCUGAGACCUGUGCCCUGGAAGGUGGCUCCCACAUCACCACCUUUGAUGGGAAAAAGUUUACCUUUCAUGGGGACUGCUACUAUGUCCUGACCAAGGGCGACCAUAAUGACUCCUACGCAGUUCUGGGUGAGCUGGCCCCCUGUGGCUCUACAGACAAGCAGACCUGCCUGAAGACCGUAGUGCUGUUGACUGACAACAAGAAGAACGUGGUAGCCUUCAAAUCAGGGGGCAGCGUGUUGCUCAAUGAGAUGGAGGUGACCUUGCCCCAUGUAGCAGCGAGCUUCUCCAUCUUCCAACCCUCCUCCUACCACAUUGUUGUGAACACCGUGUUUGGGCUUCGGCUGCAGGUCCAGUUGGUCCCAGUCAUGCAACUUUUUGUGACUGUGGACCAGGCUGCCCAGGGACAGGUGCAGGGUCUCUGUGGGAACUUCAAUGGUCUAGAAAGUGAUGACUUCAUGACGUCUGGUGGGCUGGUGGAGGCCACGGGUGCCGGCUUCGCCAAUACCUGGAAGGCCCAGUCAAGCUGCCACGACAAACUGGACUGGCUAGAUGACCCCUGUUCCCUCAACAUUGAGAGCGCCAAUUAUGCUGAGCACUGGUGUUCCCUUCUGAAGAGGUCGGAGACCCCCUUUGCCAGGUGCCACCUGGCUGUGGAUCCCACUGAAUACUACAAGAGGUGCAAAUACGACACGUGCAACUGUCAGAACAACGAGGACUGCAUGUGCGCAGCGCUUUCUUCCUAUGCUCGUGCCUGCGCAGCCAAGGGCGUCAUGCUGUGGGGCUGGCGGGAGCGAGUCUGCAACAAAGAUGUGCACGCUUGCCCCAGCUCACAGAUCUUCCUGUACAACCUGACCACUUGCCAGCAGACCUGCCGCUCGCUCUCAGAGGGUGACACCCACUGCCUCAGGGGGUUUGCCCCAGUGGAAGGCUGUGGCUGCCCUGACCAUACCUUCAUGGAUGAGAAGGGCCGCUGUGUGCCCUUGUCUAAAUGUUCCUGCUACCACCACGGUCUGUAUCUGGAGGCAGGAGAUGUGAUUCUGCGGCAGGAGGAACGCUGUACUUGCCGGAACGGGAGGCUGCAAUGCACCCAGGUCAAACUGAUAGGCCACAGCUGUAAGGAGCCCAAAAUCCUUGUGGACUGCAACAACUUGACUGCCCUAGCCACCCGGAAACCCCGUCCCACUAGCUGCCAGACACUGGUGGCUGGCUAUUACCACACAGAGUGUGUCAGUGGCUGUGUGUGUCCCGAUGGUCUGCUGGAUGACGGCCAAGGUGACUGUGUGGUGGAGGAGGAGUGUCCUUGCAUGCACAACAAGGACCUAUAUUCUCCUGGGCAGAAGAUCAAACUGGACUGUAACAACACCUGUACUUGCCAGAAAGGACGCUGGGAGUGCACCCGGUACGCUUGCCACAGCACCUGCUCUAUCUAUGGGAGCGGCCACUACAUCACCUUCGACGGGAAGCACUAUGACUUUGAUGGACACUGCUCCUACGUGGCUGUCCAGGACUACUGUGGCCAGAACUCUACCGGCUCCUUCAGCAUCAUCACCGAGAAUGUCCCCUGCGGCACCACAGGUGUUACCUGCUCCAAGGCCAUAAAGAUCUUUAUAGGGGGGACAGAGCUGAAGUUGGUGGAUAAACACCGCGUGGUAAAGCAACUGGAAGAGGAUCACCAUGUGCCCUAUAUCACCCGGGAGGUGGGCCAGUACCUGGUGGUGGAGGCCAGCUCUGGUAUCAUCGUUAUCUGGGACAAGAAGACCACCAUCUUCAUCAAGCUGGCUCCGUCUUACAAGGGCACUGUAUGUGGUCUGUGUGGGAACUUUGACGACCAGACCAAAAAUGACUUCACCACUCGGGACCACAUGGUGGUGACCAGCGAGCUGGACUUUGGGAAUAGCUGGAAGGAAGCUUCCACUUGCCCAGAUGUGAGCCACACCCCAGACCCCUGCAGCCUGAACCCACACCGUCGCUCCUGGGCGGAGAAGCAGUGCAGCAUUAUCAAGAGUAGUGUAUUUCAAGUGUGCCACAGCAAGGUGGACCCCACAGUCUUCUACGAGGCCUGUGUGCACGACUCCUGCUCCUGUGACACGGGGGGUGACUGUGAGUGUUUCUGCUCCGCUGUGGCCUCCUACGCUCAAGAGUGCACCAAGGCUGAGGCCUGUGUGUUCUGGAGGACGCCGGACCUAUGCCCCAUAUUCUGUGAUUACUACAACCCCCCAGACGAGUGUGAAUGGCACUAUGAACCCUGUGGGAACCGCAGCUUUGAGACCUGCAGGACCCUCAACGGCAUCCACUCCAACAUCUCUGUGUCCUACCUGGAGGGUUGCUACCCUCGGUGCCCUGAGGACAGGCCCAUCUAUGAUGAGGACUUGAAGAAAUGUGUCUCUGGGGACAAGUGUGGCUGCUAUAUUGAGGACACUCGCUACCCACCUGGAGCAUAUGUUCCCACUAAGGAUAUCUGCAUGAAUUGUGCCACCACAGCCACUGCCUCGGCCACCACAGCCACCGCCACCAGCACUGCCACUGCUAGUGCUACCACAGCCACUGCCACCGCCAGCGCCACCACAGCCACUGCCUCGGCCACCACAGCCACUGCCACCUCCAGUGCCACCACCAUCACAGCCACCCCAGGUAUGAUGACCAUCAGCAAAGAAAAACCAUGCUGCUUCUGGUCUGACUGGAUCAACGACAACCAUCCUAGCAGUGGGAACGGUGGCGAUCGAGAGACCUUUAACGGUGUCUGCAGUGCUCCUGAGGACAUUGAGUGCAGCCUCUCCAACAACCUCGUCUACAGCACCACCGACUUCUUCACCAACCUCCUCACCUACAACUUCCCCACUCACCUCAUCGGCUACUUCCCCAACAACCUCGCCUAUCACUUCAACAGUUUCACCGACUACUGCGGCUCCCACUUCACCAACAAGCUGGCCUACUACUCCAUCAACCACGACACCGACCACGUCACCAACCCCCACACCAACCACCUCAUCCACCGCUACGCCAAUGACUUCAUUUACCUCCUCCCAAACAUCUUCAUCAGCCACCUCUCCUGA